UGUCUUUGGGCAGACAGUCUCACAGAGCCAUACUUUCCACUGUCCAAAAUGGGACACUGAGGUGCUUGCUGUCAUGCUGCCAGGCAGAAGAAAGUGAGAGGAAGAGAAAGGGCAGCUUCCAAGAUGUAAAGGUGAGCCCUUAGAUGGUGGGAGAGACUGAAUCGGGGAGCCACACUGAAAUCUGAAGAAGGAACCGGGGACUGAGUGCAACCCCUGUGAAAGGGUCCUUCAAUUCCCAAAGGAGUCACUACCUACAGGUUGAGAACCACUGCACUAGAGGAACUCCUAGGGCAUAGCUGAGUUCUACCAGGAGGCAGGCUGCAGUCUCCAUGCCUUCCAUCAGCAGAGAAAACACCACAGUGCUGCAGUUAAGGAGAAGCAGGGACUGAGCCUGUGUUUGACUAGCAGCCAGCCCCCAGCUCAGGCCCCACAUCAUCGGCAGGCAGCAGGAGGGGGAGUGGAAAGCAGCUGGGUGGCCCCUCCCAGGCUGCUGUCUGCUUUCUUUUGCCCCCUUGGCAAGAGGGGAAGAGGAAAAAAGAAUAAUUAAACCCAAACGUCUUGGCUUCUACUUUAUCCUCUGUGAAAUGGGAAUAACAUGUAUCCUGUAUUCCUCGUCAGAAUGUGUACAGUAGGGUGUAUCCAUCUCUCAAGACUCACAGACUUUUUGAUCAAGAGUUCCAGGCCACAUAUGCCCCUGUACUUCUCAAACACCAGGAGACGAGACAGAACUGUGGGCUGAGAAAUGGUCUUUAGUUUUUCUACAAAAGCUUGCCUUCAUCAGUCAGGAUCCAUCAGCUACUGACAAAGAGAACCCGAACAAGGUAGGAGCGCCCCCUCCUGGGUGGAGCCUUACGUCUGUGAGUCCCUCACUUCUGCCUCUAAAAGGAGCUACUAGGGUUUUGGUCAAGUCCUACUCGCCCCGCCUCCUCCCCUCCAUCCCUCAUCUCCAGCCCCGCCUUUAGCCCGCCUCUGUACUAUUCUCGCCCAACCCUCUUCUCUGCACUCUGCUCCCUGAGGCGCGCGCAGGCAGUGACAAAACGGCAGCCCAAUGGGAAGGCUCUUUGGGAAAGAGGGUGGGCCUUUGUGACGCCAGUCCUGACGGUUGACUCCGCCCCUUCCGCUCGGUGAAACUGGUGAGCUUUUAGCAGUGCGACUUCGGCCUGUAAGCUUGGGGGCGUGAGCCAGUUGCGGUUCAGAGCGCGAAACAUGGCGGAGAAGGGUGCUGGUGGUGGAUCUGAUGACAGUUACUACGAAGAUGUGGGCGAUGACUGCGUGGUCAAGGCAGCUGUGGAGGUGUUCGAGAAGCUGAAGGGUGUAAACUGCCCUUUCCUCGACGGUCUGUAUAUUACAGAACCAAAGACAAUUAUGGAACUGCUGUGUAGGCCCUCAAAGUACCGGUUGGACAUACUGGAGUGGAUAUGUAUACGGGUCUGUCCCUCCUUGCAAGACAAGUUCAGCUCACUGAAAGGAAAUGCAGUGGAUUUGAAGAUACAGGAGAUGGUGAAGCUAGGCCAUGAGCUGAUGUUGUGUGCACCAGAUGACCAGGAUCUUCUAAUGGGCCGUGAGUGUCCCCAGAAGCAGCUACAGUUCAUGGACAAGUUACUGGAUAUGAUGCGGAGCCUGGCCACUGGAUGCUUCAGUCGUUCUAGCCUGAAGGAACACCUUGAAGAUACCACAGAGAAGAAUGAGGCCUUGCUUGGGGAGCUCUUCUCUAGCCCUAACCUGUGGGCAAUUUUGAAACCUGAAAGUGACCCAUGGCCCCUGGACAUGCAGUCCUCUCUCAACAAGCAAUGUGAUGACCUGCCAAAGGCUGGCCCCUCUGCCCAGUCAGAGGGAGAGAAGGUGGCAGAUCUGGCCAGGCAGCUGGAGGAGAGUGCUACUAAGCUUCAGACACUCCGAGACCAGUGCUUUGCACAGCAUAAAGCAGGGACUGACACCAGCACCAUAGACCAGAAACUCCGUCUGGUCAUCUCUGACUUCUACCAGCUCAUCUUGGCCUUCCUGCAAGUCUAUGAUGAUGAGCUAGGUGAAUGCUGCCAGCGCCCAGUACUCAGCCUGCACCCAAGUGGCCCCAUCAUCCAAGCUGUCUAUCAGAGUCUGGUUUCCUGUGGCCAAUUGUUGAGAGCAGUCAUGGAGAUUGCAGACACCUCUGCUAAAGCUAUGGAAGCAUUAAGGAGGCAGGAAGGAGAGCCGAACAGUUGGAGCAGCAGCAACUCUGGGAUAAGCCUAGCUGCCAGGAUUGAUGAAGUAACACAGAAGUACAAGAUCCUCACUGACAGAUUUCACAGAGGCACAAGAUAAUGUGGGGGUAUAAAGCCCUCCCUGGAGCUGUCAGGAGGGGCAGUUCCAGUCCUAUUCAUAACCUGCAUGUAUUUCUACUUGCUUGUGCUUGCAGUUUGAAGGGAAGGAAGAAGAGGGAGGUAGAGAAGGUAGGCAGAGAUGGGUAGGACAGGGAAGCUAGAAAUAAAAGGAACUCAUGCCCUGA